AUCUUUUUUUAGAAAAUGACAACUUGAUCAAGAAUAAAUAUACAAAAUGCUAAUUCUCCAAUUAUAGAACAAAUAAUUUUUUUUCAUGAUUAUACUAUAAUAAUCUUAAUUUUAAUUACAACAUCAAUUAUAUAUAUAUUAAUAAUAAUAAUAAUUAAUAAAUUUUUAAAUAAAAAUAUCUUAAAUAAACAAAAUAUUGAAAUUAUUUGAACAAUUACGCCUUCAAUUCUUUUAAUUCUAAUUGCAAUACCAUCAAUUCAUCUUCUUUAUUUAACAGAUGAAAUUAAUAAACCUUUAAUUACAAUUAAAACAAUUGGUCAUCAAUGAUAUUGAAGAUAUGAAUACUCAGAUUUUAAAAAUAUUGAAUUUGAAUCUUAUAUAAAUAAAUCAAUUAAAUUAAAUUCAUUUCGUUUAUUAGAUGUUGAUAAUAAUACAAUUAUACCUUUAAAUACAAAUAUUCGAAUAAUCAUUACAUCUAGAGAUGUUAUUCAUUCAUGAACAAUCCCUAGACUAGGGAAAAAAAUUGAUGCUAUCCCAGGACGAUUAAAUCAAAUUAGACUUUUUAUAAAACGACCAGGAUUAAUAUUUGGACAAUGUUCAGAAAUUUGUGGAGCAAAUCAUAGAUUUAUACCCAUUGUUGUAGAAAGAAUCCCAAUAAUUUUUUUUUUAAAAUGAAUUAAUUCAUUUUAA